AUGCGCCUCCUAUACCACUCAUUGGCCAUCUACCUGUCACUGACUUCGCAAGCCGAGGCCGCGUCAGGAAAGAAGGAGUCCAAAGAAGUCGAACACAAGCCAUGUACCAUUACCUCGCCCUCCUCCGGCGCCUUCUUCGAUCUCACCUCGCUACAACUCCUCGACCCUAAGGAAAGCAAAGCGAAACAUCCUCGCGAACAUAGUUGGAAUGCGACAGGUUACGACUUGGGAUACAACUUUACCAUCAACGUAUGCGGACCCGUAAUUGAGCCGAUCGAAGAUGUGGUGGGCGUGGACAAGGCUUUGUGGAAGAACGUCUCGGCAUAUUACAAGCAAGAUGGAAAGAUCUACUCUCUGGGGCAACAGAACUCGAACUUGACGAUGCGUGGACGGAAGCUCGUCUUGAAUUACACAGACGGUUCACCUUGCGACUCAGUCGGCAGCAAGAGCGCGCACUCAGUCCAAGAUCUCAUGGCUCGCGAAAUCAUCGACGGCGACAAGAAGAAAGGCAAAGGCAAGGACGAUGAUGAAGACGACGAGGACGACAAGAAAGGCUCAAAGAAGAAGCCAUCUUCGACCGAACGGAAGAAGAGUGUCAUUAUCAGCAUGCUUUGCGACAGGGAUCCAUUGGCGCCACAACUUGCGCUUAGCUUCGUGGGCACUCAGGAUGAAUGCUCUUACUUUUUCGAAGGUCGUUCCAACGCCGCCUGCGCCACCGCUAACACCAGCAGCGGAGGAUCAUUGAACCCUGGCGGCGUCUUUGGAGUUAUCGCGAUCAUUGCGAUCCUUGUAUAUCUGGUCGGUGGUUGCGUGUACAACAGAGCGGUGCUGCAUCAAAGAGGAUGGCAACAGGUGCCCAACUAUACCCUCUGGGCAAGCAUAUUCGGAUUCUUCAGGGACCUGUUCAUUAUUCUGACCUCUUCAUGUGCUCGUUUCCUGCCUUCGAGACGAGGCUACAGCCGUGUCAACGGCGGCAUCGGUGGGCUUGGAAGUCGAAGAGGACGAGGCGACAGCGACGCCGAGAACCGACUUAUUGAUGAACUGAAUGAGGAGUGGGAAGACUGA